CGAGCUGCUGCUGGUGGAAUAAGGGCCUUUUCAACGUGCUCCUCCCGGAAUCAGUACGGCUUUCGCCGUGCUGCUGUUGCCGUUCUCGGUGAUAGAGAAGCCCGACGGACAGCGAGCGGCCUCUUUCUUCUUCCGUGUGAAAACGGCAAUAUACGCGGGCUAGAGGAGCUGUUGCUAAUUUUAGAUGCUUCAUCAGCCCCCCUAUUGGAUGAAUGGACGUGCUCUUCUAUAGCUUCUUCCAGGUUGAAGCGGAAUCGUAGACGUCCUUCCAGAGGUUCCUCCUCUUCUCCGGUCAGUCGUCUAGUUUCCGUUGGCCCGGCGUCGACUCCUCUGACUUGCUCUUCACACUUUUUGUGUCAAUCAGACCUUCAAACUCAUUUUUCGCCAUGGAUGAUCUUGACAAGGAGCAACUAGCCAUGCUGCGGAAGGUGUUCGACAGCUUCGAUCACAACAAGAAGGGUAGCAUUCCUUCCUCCAUGGUGCGAACGAUUUUCAUCGUCAUGGGACACCGUGUCGACGAUCGGAUGCUCAGGGCCAUCAUCGCUGAAGUCGACGCUGACGGCUCUGGCGAAUUGGAAUUCUCCGAGUUUGUGACGCUUGCUGCGCAAUUUCUUGUCGAAGAAGAUGCCGAAGAAAUGCAAAACGAACUGAAGGAAGCUUUCCGUCUUUACGACAAAGAAGGCAACGGAUACAUCACCACAUCUGUUUUGCGGGAAAUUCUUCACGAACUUGAUGACAAGCUAACACCCGACGAUUUGGACGGAAUCAUCGCCGAAAUUGACGAGGACGGCUCAGGAACCAUCGAUUUUGAUGAGUUCAUGGAAAUGAUGACUGGCGAAUAGAUCGAAAAUCUUACAUCAUUAUUAACUCAGCACCCCCAUGUGCACCUCCAUUGGUUUUAUUUCGUUUGCAACCACUCAAUUCUUAUUUGGUCCAGGAUGUUGAGCCAAUACCUCUCUACGCUUUUUAACAUUGAUUGAUUUCCACCGAAUUUCUUCAAUAUUUAUGUAUACAGUGCAAAGUUGUCAACAAACACUGAUAUAUGUAUUGUUCACCAAAAAAUUGGACUUCUCUUUUGAUUUAUUUCGCUAAAAAUACAAAAAUUUCCACUUAACGAGAACUACCAUAUGCGUGUUUUCUGUUGAGUUCCAAUACACUAAUUUGAUUAAACGGA